GUGUAGUCGCUAUAUGGGGACAAACAUCUAUAGUAUCAGUUAAUAAGGGGUAUCCAAGAUUUACAAAACGCCUUCAUAAAUGUGUUGGUGUAACGCUAUUAUUAUUAGCAUGUGGAGAACUUUGGUGGCGUUUUGAAGGAUCCUUUCACCGAUUAUGUUGUUUUAAAAAUAAAGAUAUUGCUGAGAAAAAAGCGAUGAUGCAUAUUCAUAUUAAUCAUGAAGAUUAUAUUAAAUUACCAGAAUUUACUUGGGAAGAAAUCAAUGAACGAGUUCAGCGUGGGGCUUAUUUGGUUGUUUGUGACGGACUUGUGGUAGAUAUCCACAGUUGGAUUGGUUCUCAUCCAGGAGGAAGUCAAAUAUUAUUGCGUGUAAAUAUUAUAAUGGUUAUUGGAACAGAUAUUACGAAUGAUUUUUACAAUACACACAAUAACAAACCAGCUGCUGAAGAUAUAGAUUCUCCCGAGGCUUUAUUAAUUCCAAAAGAUGUACCUUCUGGAAAUUCUUCAUCUGUGCUUGCAAAAUAUAUAAAUCACCUUCGAGGAAAACCUGCACCCCAACCAAGACUCUCAGCUGCCAAAUUUGUUGACAGCUUUAAUGGAAAAUUCUAUAUAAGAGAACCUUUGGCACAACAUACUCAUAGUAGAUUUGCUACACAGAAAAUGGCAACACUGGUUAUAGGCAAGAUGAGUGAAAGUGUGAGUGAAAAAGGACCUUUGGUCCAAAGUGAUAGGUCUAUUUAUCAAAGUCUAGACGAGUCUAUAGAAAUUGAUAAAAAUCUCACAAAAACUAUCAAAUUUCAUCGUUAUAAACUUAUAAGCAAACAAAUGGUUAACGCAAAUGUCAAAUAUCCUGUAAUGAGAUUUACAUUUUCCAUAGUACAUAAAAGUGAAAAAGAUGUUUACACUGAAAGGUUUUUGCCUGGACAAUACAUUGAAGUGCAAUCUAGAGUACGUGGCCAAAUUGUGAUUAGAAGUUACACCCCCUUAGAAGGUUGUCUAUCCAAGUCAUUUUCCAUUUAUGUCAAGAUCUAUCCAAAAGGACUCUUUUCCCAGCACCUAAAUGAACAGUUAAUAGGAUACGAAAUUCAAGCACGCGGUCCAUUUGAUGUUUGUGAAAGACACAAGUUACAUAUUGCAUCUUCAAACUCAUUAUCUCGAAGAGAGAGUAUUCUUUCAAAUGCAAGAACUUAUAUCCCUUAUAGCCCUUAUACCUCAAACAAACCUUCUGGAAUGUUAUCACCAACUAAGACUCCAAAGACUUCUUUAUUAAACCCAGAUAGUCCGGAUGGUGGUACUGGGAUAACACCAAUGUUGCAGUUAAUCAAGUAUUAUUUGGAACAAUCGAUAAAACAAAAAAAUGAAUCCGGUCAAUAUUUUAAAUAUAAGCGAAUGCAUUUAUUAUUUGGAAAUCGUAAAAUUGAAGAUGUUAUCGAUGGUAUAUUACUUGAAGAUCUUGCGCUUUCAAGUAGAGGACAACUUACUGUGACGUACUGUCUCUCAGAACCACCUUCAGAUUGGGAUGGUUUACGGGGAAGAAUUAUUAAACCAAUAAUACUAGAUUGGAUGAACAUAAUGCGGGGUGUACUCCUCGAAUCACAAAACAAUACUCAGUUGAUGACACAAGAUAAAAAUUACUUGAACAUUCUUCAGAGUCAUUCUGUACGCCGUGAUGCAAACGAACAGAACCGGAGUCCUUCAUCACCAACAACUAUACAAGCAAAAUAUGAAGCAGCACAAAUUAUACCAUACAUAACAACAGAUGCACAGCCUCCAGUAGAAGAUCCAAUUAUACGACCUGACAAUUAUGAUAAUAAUCAGAAAUAUGAUGAUGAUAGUAUAAUUGAUAUGGGACCUAGGCCCGAAUCAAAAGCAUCAACAGAAAGAACAGGAAAACCUAAAAGCAUUGAUCCAGAUUUAGCAAAUUCAAGUAAAGAUGUUUUGAUACAAGGAAAAAUUGUAGUUUGUGGUCCGCCUGAAAUGGUAUUUAACGUUGAACAAUCUUUGGUUGAGAUGGGAUUUAGUGAAAGUAUGAUUAUACUACAUUAG